ACUUCCAGUACAAGUCGUCCCUCCGCGCUCUCCCGGCCCAAACUCACCCUGCAAACCUCGUCACUUCCCAUCACCUUUGGCAGCUCGUCCACGGGGCUGUCGCUGUCGUUGGCGGCCGGCACUGCCUCGCCUACUGUGCGCAACACCUUCAAGAAUGCCUACGAUCUGCCCUGCCCACAGUCUGCAACUGCCUCCCCCUCGAGAUCGACCAGUCGGCUCUCGAAGCCAUCGUCCCCCUUCACCUCGACCAACCCAUACCAGCUCCCCCUCGGAGUGAGGAGCAUUCUGCGCAACACCCCGUUGGAACCGACCCGGCGACGAUCGAAUUCUGUGGCCCCAGGCGGGCCUACCGGUGCGUCCGGUUCUCGACGCGUCUACUUUCCACCCAAGAAGCAAGUCACCUACCGAAAUCCGCUCGAGGAAGUCAUCAAAACCGUCGUAUAUACCGCGCGACACUCCGACCUCGACUCCGAGCCAGAACCCGAGAUCAGUGAAGCAGGCUCCGACGAGGAGUCGGAUUAUUCCGCCUCCACCUCCUCCUCUACCUCCUCCUCCUCCUCUAUCACCUCCGACGAAGAUGCAGAUCCAAAUUCCAAUCCCACAGAUAAAAAGAAGAAAAAGAAGAAACGAAAGUACCGCAGUGCAGAGCGCCAGGUCCGCGCCGUCGCCUUGAUGGAUGGGUUCGAGGACCCCUACACCUCGCUCACCCCCCAGACCCCGCGACAGGGCCGUCUCAAGCGCCGCUGCGAGUGGCGGUGGACUCUGGGACCCGUCGAA